CCCUACCUCACGGCAGUCUCCGCAGAUGAGCCUACUGCCUCACAACAGCCUCCACAGGCACAGCUCCAUCGUUACAAUGGCCUCUUUAGACCCAGCUCCUGCCUCCCAGCCUUCUCUCCAGGCCCUGAACUUUCUCCGUGGGACCAUCCAGUUUCAGGAAAACAAGCUUAACACGCCCACUGAUUCUACAUUAUGCUCCUACCUCCCGGCAGCCUCGCCAGGCCCAGAACUCUCUCCAGUCAGCCUCUACAGACCAAGCUCAUGACUCACAAUGGCCUAUUUAGGCCCAUACCCUACCUCACGGCAGUCUCCGCAGAUGAGCCUACUGCCUCACAACAGCCUCCACAGGCACAGCUCCAUCGUUACAAUGGCCUCUUUAGACCCAGCUCCUGCCUCCCAGCCUUCUCUCCAGGCCCUGAACUUUCUCCGUGGGACCAUCCAGUUUCAGGAAAACAAGCUUAACACGCCCACUGAUUCUACAUUAUGCUCCUACCUCCCGGCAGCCUCGCCAGGCCCAGAACUCUCUCCAGUCAGCCUCUACAGACCAAGCUCAUGACUCACAAUGGCCUAUUUAGGCCCAUACCCUACCUCACGGCAGUCUCCGCAGAUGAGCCUACUGCCUCACAACAGCCUCCACAGGCACAGCUCCAUCGUUACAAUGGCCUCUUUAGACCCAGCUCCUGCCUCCCAGCCUUCUCUCCAGGCCCUGAACUUUCUCCGUAAGUUCAGGUAGCUGGGACUGUAGGGUCUCCCUCUGUUGUCCAAGGCUGGAGGGUAGUAGUGCUAUCGCAGCUGACUGCAGCCUCAACCUUCCAGGCUGAAGCGAUCCUCCCAUCUCAACGUCCCACGUGGCUGAGACUACAGGUGCUUGCCACUAUGCCCAACUAAUAUUUGGAAUUUUCAUAUACGUGGAUUCCAGAGGGGUGACAGUGAAACGUGGGACCAUCCAGUUUCAGGAAAAGAGACUUAACACGCCCACUGAUUCUACAUUAUGCUCCUACCUCCCGGCAGCCUCGCCAGGCCCAGAACUCUCUCCAGUCAGCCUCUACAGACCAAGCUCAUGACUCACAAUGGCCUAUUUAGGCCCAUACCCUACCUCACGGCAGUCUCCGCAGAUGAGCCUACUGCCUCACAACAGCCUCCACAGGCACAGCUCCAUCGUUACAAUGGCCUCUUUAGACCCCGCUCCUGCCUCCCAGCCUUCUCUCCAGGCCCUGAGCUUUCUCAAGUCGACCUCACCAGGCCCAGCUCAUGCUUCUUUGCAGCCUCUCCAGGCCCAGCUCCUGCAUCUUGGCCCCUCCAGGCCCAGCCUCUGCCUCCCGUCUGCCUCUACAGUCCCAACAUCUGCCUCACAGCAGAUUCUUCAGGCCCAGCGUCUGCCUCACUGUGGACCCCCCAAGCCAAGCUCCCAACCUUUCAGCAGCUUCUACACACCCAGCUCCCGCCUGCCAGUGGCCUCUUCAGGCCCAUGGGGCUCAUUCCUCACAACAGCCUUUCCAGGCCCAGUUUUUCCCUUCCGGUGGCCUCUCCGGGCCGAGAACCUCCUCAAGUCGGCCUCUCCAGACCCACUUGCACCCUCCGGGCGUCCUCUCCAGGCCAAGGUCCUCUUCCUGGCUGCGUCUCCAGGCCCGACUCCUGCCUCUCAACAACCUCUUUGGACUCAGUGCCUACCCAUCUCCUGGCGUCCUUGGUCGGCCCACAGCUUCCUCAAGCCAAGCUCCCCAGGCCCAGGUCAGGCCUCACGGUGGCCUCUCCAGGAUGAGCUCCUGCCCUCCGAUAGCACCUGCAGGCCCCAAAUGGUCUCCGGUCGGUGGGCUCCUCCACGCCAAGCUUGGGCCUCCCGGCGACCUCUGCAGGCCCAAGUUGUCCUGAAGUCGGCAUCUCCCGGUCCUGCCUCCCAGCAAGUAAGCAAGCUCUUUUGGCUCAACUCCUGCCCAGCUCCCAACCGCCUUUGUGGGCCCCGAACUUUCUCUAGCCAAGUUCUUCGGGCCUAAUUCCUGCCGCCCGGUGGCCUGUACGGGCCCAGCAAUGGUUGGAGAACGGCCUCUGCAGGUCCCGCUCUUGCCUCCCAGGGGCCUCUCCAGGCCCAGCUCUUGCCCCCACGGCGGCCUCCCGGGGCCAAGUCCCUGCCUGCCUCCCAGCAGCCCGCGUGCGGCCCAGCUCCUCCCUCACGGUGGCCUGUUGAUGCCCAUGCCUCUGGUACCCUGCCCAGAGGCAUGAUCCCCUGCCACACACUGGCUCCUCCCACGCUGAGAGAGGUCAGCGUGAGCCCUUGCCUCACACCGGCCCCUCCCACCCUGAGAGAGGUCAGCGUGAGCCCCUUGCCUCACACCGGCCCCUCCCACCCUGAGAGAGGUCAGCGUGAGCCCUUGCCUCACACCGGCCCCUCCCACGCUGAGAGAGGUCAGCGUGAGCCCCUUGCCUCAGACAGGCCCCUCCCACCCUGAGAGAGGUCAGCGUGAGCCCCUUGCCUCACACCGGCCCCUCCCAUGCUGAGAGAGGUCAGCGUGAGCCCAUAGCCUCACACCGGCCCCUCCCAUGCUGAGACAGGUCAGCGUGAGCCCUUGCCUCACACUGGCCCCUCCCACGCUGAGAGAGGUCAGCGUGAGCCCUUGCCUCACACCGGCCCCUCCCACACUGACAGAGGUCAGCCUGAGCCCCUUGCCUCACACCGGCCCCUCCCACGCUGACAGAGGUCCGCGGGAGCCCCUUGCCUCACACCGGCCCCUCCCACGCUGACAGAGGUCCAUGGGAGCCCCUUGCUUCACACUGGCCCCUCCCACGCUGAGAGAGGUCAGCGUGAGCCCUUGCCUCACACCGGCCCCUCCCACGCUGAGAGAGGUCAGCGUGAGCCCCUUGCCUGACACCGGCCCCUCCCACGCUGAGAGAGGUCAGCGUGAGCCCUUGCCUCACACCGGCCCGUCCCACGCUGAGAGAGGUCAGCGUGAGCCCCUUGCCUCACACCGGCCCCUCCCAUGCUGAGAGAGGUCAGCGUGAGCCCUUGCCUCACACUGGCCCCUCCCACGCUGAGAGAGGUCAGCGUGAGCCCCUUGCCUCACACCGGCCCCUCCCACCCUGAGAGAGGUCAGCGUGAGCCCUUGCCUCACACCGGCCCCUCCCACGCUGAGAGAGGUCAGCGUGAGCCCCUUGCCUCACACCGGCCCCUCCCACGCUGAGAGAGGUCAGCGUGAGCCGCUUGCCUCACACCGGCCCCUCCCACGCUGAGAGAGGUCAGCGUGAGCCCUUGCCUCACACCGGCCCCUCCCACGCUGAGAGAGGUCAGCGUGAGCCCCUUGCCUCACACCGGCCCCUCCCACCCUGAGAGAGGUCAGCGUGAGCCCCUUGCCUCACACCGGCCCCUCCCACCCUGAGAGAGGUCAGCGUGAGCCCCUUGCCUCACACCGGCCCCUCCCACCCUGAGAGAGGUCAGCGUGAGCCCUUGCCUCACACCGGCCCCUCCCACGCUGAGAGAGGUCAGCGUGAGCCCCUUGCCUCACACUGGCCCCUCCCACGCUGAGAGAGGUCAGCGUGAGCCCUUGCCUCACACUGGCCCCUCCCACGCUGAGAGAGGUCAGCGUGAGCCCCUUGCCUCACACCGGCCCCUCCCACGCUGAGAGAGGUCAGCGUGAGCCCUUGCCUCACACUGGCCCCUCCCACGCUGAGAGAGGUCAGCGUGAGUCCCUGCCUCAACAGGCCACCGUGAGGGAGGAGCAGGGUCGCACGCGGGCUGCUGGGAGGCAGGCAGGGACUUGGGCCUGGGAGGUCGCCGUGGGGCGAGAGCUGGGCCUGGAGACACCCCUGGGAGGCAACAGCGGGGCCUACAGACUCUGUUCUCCAGCCGGAGCUGGGACUGUUCAGGUACUGGGAGGCGGGAUGUGGGUCUGAAGAGCUUGGUUGCAGAAACUUCGGGGUCUACAAACGCAGGCGGGAGCUGAGCCAAAAAAGCUUGUUUGCUGGGAGGUGGGAGAUGCAGCCAGGAGGAACAGCUGUGCCUGCAGAGGCCGCCAUGCGGGAGGCGGAGGCCGGGCCUCCUCAAAUCGGCCUCUCCAGACCCACUUGCAGCCUCCCGGCGUCCUCUCCGGGCCCAGCUCUUCCUCCCGGCUGCGUCUCCAGGCCUGACUCUGGCCUCCCAACAACGUCUUUGGACUCAGCUCCUGCCCAGCUCCCAGCGGCCCUGGUAGGCCCACCACUUCCCGAAGCCAAGCUCCCCAGGCCCAGCUCCGUCCUCUCGGCGGCCUCUCCAGGUGUAAAACUUCGAGUCAGCCUCUCCAGGCCCAGCUCCUCCUGCCUCCCAGUGGCCUCUUUCAGCCCAGACCAGCUCAUGGCUCUUGGCGGCCUUCCCAGGCCCCGCUUUUGACUUUUGGUGGCCUCUUCAGGCCCAGAACUUGACCUCCAGUGGGCCUUUGCAGGCCCGGCCUCCUGCCUCUCGAAGGCCUGCACGGGCCCGGACUCACAGCGGACUCACAGCGGACUCUCCAUGCCCAGCUAGCUCUUGCCUCAUUGCGGCCUCCCUAGUCCAAAGCUCCUGCCUCUCAGCCGCUUCGGCAGGCCCAGCUCCCGCCUGCCAGUGGCCUCUUUAGGCCCAGCUCAUUCCUCACAACGGCCUUCCCAGGCCCCGUUUUUCCCUUCCGGCAGCCUCUUGGCCUCUAAUUUGUUUAUCUUUUGUGUAUAAAUCCCAAAAUAUUGAAUUUUGGAAUAUUUCCACCAUUAUGUAAA